ACGAAAGGUAUUUUUUUUUUCCCCUACUUGCUCCUCCCCUAUAACUACAAAGUCACACUUUCCGGGUUUCUCUUUUUUAUUUCAAUGGUCCGGCUUUGGGGGAAUCAUCUUACACACCCCCCUUGUUGAGAAAGAAAGUUAGAAGAAAAUGAAAGAGCUUUCAUCAUGUUUAGAGUCUGCAUAUGUCCCUCAUUAAAGAGUAAUCGAACACAUUGUACCGCGAAAAAAGCUUUUGAGUUUAUACGACAUUAUAAGAUACCAGUGGGUGGAGCAUGGACACCUGAAGAAGACGCCCUUUUACGCAAUUACAAAGGGUCGAAAGAAAGUAUUCCAUGGAAGGACUUUGUUGAACAGUAUCUACCGAAUCGAACCGUGUCACAGUGUAAGAGUCGUUGGAACAUGCAUGGAAAAAAUGCAUACGGUGGAAGUUAUUUUAAUUUGCAAGAGAAACAGCAACUUCUGGAUGCCGUACAAGUGCUUGGUACGGAUUGGGAAAGAAUAAGUGCGACUGUACUGCCUCAUCGUCCCCCAGAGAGACUUUGCGAUGAGUAUCGCCAUUUGACCGAAAAAGCAAGCAAUUGGAAACGUAGGGCGUGGAGCUCAGAAGAAGAUAAUAUCCUGCUAAAAGCUGCCAAGGAGCAUGGUCCUGCUUGGACUCACAUAUCUAGAAACUAUCUACCGUACCGUGCCCCUGCCGUGCUUCGCAACCGAUAUUGUCAUUUAAUGGCUUCAAAGAUGGAUUGGCCAGAUGAAGAGGUAGCUCUAUUAGAAAAAUUGGCUAUACAAUUCGACUAUGAUUGGUCAGAGGUGGCCAAAAAGUUUAGCAAUGGAAGACGACCAGAACAUUGUCUACAAAAGUGGCUUGAUGUCCAACGAGGUUUCAAUCUCAAAGAUAAGAGUAACAAUAGUAAAAUUGACGCAUGGACAGAAGAUGAAGUGAGAGUGUUUUGGGAGACUUUGGAUAAAUGCAGUGGUGAUCUAUCAAGGCUGGCACAUCAAUUGCCAGGAAGGAAUGAUCAUAGUUGCCGAUAUAAAUUCUGGGCUACUUUAUGCGACGAUGAUGAAUUUCUAGAAGCUCAUGGAAAAGAAGCCGAGCAAUCCAGACACGAAUUCCCAUCGAUGUACCGCGCCAGAAUAGCAAGGUUAUACAAUAAAUGGCUACACAUCAAAUCAAGCCCCGUUUGGCCAGAAGAUCAAUUAGAGAAACUGCAGAGCCUUGUGAAAGACCAGCAAGCGAUGAAGAAGGAAUUAUUGCAGUCCGAUUGGGAAGCCAUUGCAAAAGAGUUCCCGUACAAAAGUAUAGCGGAAUGCAAAUAUCAGUAUAACCAUUAUGUGAAUGCAACAUUUGCUGAAGGGGGGUGGAAUUUUGAUGAACUGCUAAAAUUAGUUGAGCUUGUGUAUAAGUACAAGAUGAAAACUCAAGACGAAGAGAAUCUAUGGGAACAUGUGGCAAAAGAAUUAAAUACAGGACAUUCAGCAAAUGCCUGUCAAGCGAAAUACAAUUAUAUGAAACGCAUAGGCCGUCGAUUUGUGAUUUAAUUUAUUUAAAUGUGAAUAGCAUUGAUACAUCUACAAAUAUUUAUGUUAUGUACAUUGUACAACAACAAAAAAAAUAAAAAGGAUAAUAAACUAUAGUAUACACUUUUUUAAUUCUUGC